GAAAUCGAUUAAUUUCCAUUUUUAUCGACAUACAACACGCAGUGUCGAAGAACACGAAGAAUUUGUUCAUGAACAAUCUUCGGCAAUCAUGACAAAUGUUGUAAUAUGCGCUAACGCAUACCAAUUGAUAGAGUCUGUUGUACAAAGAUAAAGUGAUCCCACACGUUGAACUUACACACAUUUCAUUCAUCAUCUUCGCACGAAGUUAAUUCAGUCAGCUCAAUCGGUUCGAAAAUUUGGUAUGUAUGUAGGCAGACUUUCUCCGGGUGAAAUGAGUUUGAAGAGAGGGGGGCGCGACCUUGUUAGAGGGAGGUUGGCUUGGCACCUGCGCAGUAUCCACUUGUCAUUCUCCCACCGCCGCGAGCGCACCGCCGCGACCGCACAUUGCCGCGACUCCCGCGCACGUGCGCAAACAUUUUUUAUACCUAAACUUUUUUUUUAAAUCUCUGUGCAACGGUUUUAGUGCGAACUGUGUUGUGAUUGGAACAUUGCUUCUUGACUUUUGAUUGCUGUUCGCUGGUUCUGUGUUCGGUGAUAACGUUGAGGAUGCGGCUACGAGGACUGUGUAUAGGCGUACUGCUCAUAUUACACAUGAGCGGCGCACUCAGUGACCAAUCUUCGAACGAGAGCGGCGGUGGUGGCGGAGGCGCUGGAUCUGACACCAGCAGCGCUGCCGAGCCUUCUGGGGAUCAGCUAGCUAUGGAAUCUUCCGAGAGAGACACCCCUAGCCACGCUUACAAUGGACCGCCCCCACCAGCACCACCACCCCACAACCGGAGGCAGAACCCACCACAUCAUCAGGCUCAUCACCCAUUAGGCAUGCCUAGAAUCACGAACCACCAUCAGAUUCAUUCGAAACCGUUUGCGUUGGGGCCUCCAGUGAAUCACCACAAAAACGAUGUCGGGCCUGGCUUCCGAGGGCCGCCACCGCCGCCCGCACCCCCGGCUGACGCCCAGACCGCCGCUAGCGAUAAGGUGUUCAGCGGAGCCGGUGACGUCUGGCCAGCACCAGCACCCGACAUGCCCAAAAUCGUCUCUCUUGAUGUGAAGUGCGAGAAAAACGCAAUGAGAGUUUUCCUCAGCUUCGACAAACCGUUCUUCGGUAUCGUGUUCUCAAAAGGACACUACUCCAACCAUCAAUGCGUGCAUCUUCCUCCUAACCUAGGAAGAACUUCAGCGUCGUUCGAAAUCGGAGCCCAUGCUUGUGGAACCGCAGGCAGUGGAGACCCGAGAUACAGAGGAGACGUAGCAGCUGCUGGCACUUACUUCGAGAACGUUAUUGUCAUACAAUACGACCCUCAAGUGCAGGAGGUUUGGGAUCAAGCACGAAAACUCCGAUGCACAUGGCACGACCAAUAUGAAAAGGCCGUCACAUUCCGUCCGUUCCCAGUAGAUAUGUUAGAUGUUGUACGAGCUGACUUUGCCGGAGACAAUGUUGGUUGCUGGAUGCAAAUUCAAGUAGGCAAGGGACCUUGGGCUUCUGAAGUAUCAGGAUUGGUGAAGAUUGGUCAAACAAUGACGAUGGUUCUUGCGAUUAAGGAUGACGACACUAAAUUCGAUAUGUUAGUCCGAGACUGUGUAGCUCACGAUGGUCAACGCGCUCCUAUACAAUUAGUCGAUAGGCGAGGCUGUGUUACCAGACCGAAACUGAUGUCCAGAUUCACAAAGAUUAAGAACUUCGGAGCUAGUGCAAGUGUACUGUCAUACGCUCACUUCCAAGCCUUCAAGUUCCCUGACUCGAUGGAAGUCCACUUCCAGUGUACUAUCCAGAUUUGCAGAUACCGUUGCCCCGAACAGUGUUCCGACGGAAACCCGAACGUGAUUGCUCCUCACGCUGAGUACGGGCCACCUCAGAUUGACGCCUACCAACAAGUCGGUAUUGAAGCAAGACGUGACGAGAGGCGAGUCAGGAGGCAAAGGAGAGCGACUUCCCCUGAAAAGGAAGUUGGCGUAAACCGAGUGAUUCGUGUGGUAUCAGCUGGCGACUUGAAUAUGGAUACUUCAGAAGAAACCGCUGCUCCUAAAGUUAUUCCCACGCCUGGUCUCGUUUGUAUGACAACUCCUGGAUUUGCUGCUACACUGGGAGCUCUUCUAGCUACGUUAUUAUGUUCGUGCGCUGUGUCAGCGGUUCUAUUCCUAAAGUUACGGCCUCUAACCAAUCUGAAGAAGAAGACAGCCGCCGUGACGACGAUAGCCAGGCCGCACCCACCCACCGCACAUGUAAUUUCAAAAAGCCGCUUCUACUCGUAACGGACGGUAUAAACCUAAUUUGUACAUAGUGUGAUGAGACUGAAGUAUAUAGACCAUGCCAAUUAUUUAUUUGCGUGUUAUAUGUGUGCUCAAAUGAAUGUAGUUAAUCUGGGAACCCUUAUUUAGUAUUAAUUCAAACUACUUUAAGGUUAACAAAUCCGUUGAACUUCAGUUAAAUCGUAUUGAUUCCUAUUGAAACAGUUGAGUUGACAUUUAAUUCAGCCGUUUGUUUCAGCUUGUGGUUGACUUUGUAAGGUUGUUGAAUUAUUGUUUUGUUUCACGAUGCGAUGUUAGAACAAAUUAUAAACACAAAUUGUAGUAUUAAAAUAUUGUAAGUACAAUCUUCUGUUACCUCUUUUCGAAUGUAUGUUCGAAGUAGGGGCAACGGAAAAUAUAUUAUACGAAAUAUCAGCUUAGGUGAACCGCUAGAUUGUAAUUUAAAAUAACUUGUCAUUAGUAUUAAUAUAUUUAUUUUUAAUUAAGUCUUAGUCAUUAUUACGAGUACGUAUAGCGAUUUAUUUAUUUUUAUACCACCUGAGUACCUCUUCUUCUUAUUUUAUUGUUUUUCCU